AUGAUCGGGCAGAGCAUUCAGUGCCAGGCUAAUAACGGUCUUUACUCGGACACCGAAAUGGCCACCAGCCAAGCCGUCCAAAUUGACCCCUACUCAUCGGCUCGAUUGGUCCAGGAUAACUUCGCAACGCUACAAUCGGCGGCGCCGUUCCAGGCUGGUAAUCGUCUGGAAAUGAAUCAGCAGAUUAACCUCGGCUGUCAGGUGGAGGGUCAUCCUCGUCCCUAUGUGUACUGGAAGCUGCGCAGAUCGAAUGGGCAGGUUGUCGAUGCCCCUUGUGCUCAAGGAUUGGAGGGACAAACCCAAGAAGUCUACGAUGCGCCGCGAGAUCGACCUAUCCCACCGAAUGUUGUGGUAUGCUAA